GAUCGCCAGUCUAGCCAGGCCCUUCUCAAACAGCCAAGAUCUAUUCUGCGAAAGUGGGACGCCGGAAUGUCUGGCCAGCCAAAUGAUGUACUAGUCAGCGGUCCCCGACGCCAAAGCCCUCGUUACGUGACAAAGGAUCCAUCGAAUUUUCCAAAAGCCCGACUGAAGAGUCUCGAUGCUCGGAGGCGCAACCUGGUAGUGAACCAAAAAACUAAACCGGAAAAAUCCGAUUCUAGUGAGGCCUCAACUACUCCAUUCAUUCAAUUCACUCCAGACGGACGCGAUCAAGAGUUGGCGAAUCUUACAGCUGUGGAUAUGGCUGUUCGUUCUCGCCUGGAUUCAAGGGAGCGGCCUCGAUUGCACAUCAACUCGGUACGACUGGCACGUAGAGACGAUAAAACUGGCUGUCUAUGGACAGAACCGACUAACGACGAGAAUAAAGAUGAAGACGAUUGCAGGCUUGUGGAGGUGGCAAUCCUUGGUCUGAGAGUGGAUCAAUACACUGAGAUUUGGGUAAUUACUAUGAUCCAAACCAUAGGCAAUGAUAUCAGGUGGCUAGGUUACAAUCGACAUACUAACACAAUGCAUCUUGCAAUUAGCCAAGUUCCCUAG